CAUCACACAAGCUCAUUAUUAGAAGCAGGAGGAAAAUUAUCAAUGAUGGUUACAAUUUUUCUCUUGUGUUUAUUCACUUUGGUGAAUUGCGAGAAUUGUGUCAUUCCGUCGCUGGACAUAUUGACACCAGGCGAACGAUGCAGAACAGAGCCUACUGAACUGGCAGACGGAACGCAUACAGUUACUGAUUGUGGGAUUUGGUUUUUCUGUUCCUCAGGGAAUGCGAGGGGAUGCCGAGGCAGGACAGACCAAAGUUGUGUGGAAAUCGAUCAGGAAUGUUCCACACUUGUGCAAGAAAGGAAUGGGUCUUCCUUGGCUUGUAGGACCAGCAGAAAGCGACGUGACGUGACAGUGGACAUAACCACGACAACGGAAGAGAACAUUCAUCACGAUUUUACAACAGUCCCUCCAACCACCACGACGACAGCUACCACACGGCCAGUACCUACAACAACGGUAUCAGCAGACAUAGACACGACCACCACCACAACAACAACAACAGAAACGACUACAACGGAAGGUAUUGUGAUAUGUGACUUUCCGACAUCUCCUCCAACCACCACAACGAUGGCUACAAGGCCUCCAUUUACGAUAAAAACGGUAUCAGCAGACACAGACACGACCACAACAACAACACCUGCAUCAGCAGAGACGGACACGACCACAACUACUACAACUACGGCGCCGUCGGUAUCUGACACAACAACAACAGAAGACGUAAGGGUUAUCGAUUUUACAACAGUACAACCAACUACCACGACGACAGUGGCAACGCCUCCAGUGACAACUACCUCGACGACUUCUCAAACAACGACAACAACUACUACAACUACAACCGCAGCAGCAAACGAAGACACGACCACAACCGAGCAGGUGAUAAUUUAUGAUUACACAACCGUUCCACCAACCACGACAACCACAGCGCAUGCGUCAGUUAGGAGGAAGCGAGAGUCACAUGACCAGAGGAAAAUGGAAGAGAUCAGGAAAUUGUUCACAGCAGGGUUAAAAAAGAGAAGAUAUACAUCCGGGGAACAGAGUAAGAAAAUGGAGAAGGCGAAGCGCCAUCUAUUGAAAUACUUGGGCUAUAAAUUGCAGCGGGGCCAAAAAAAAUCCAUUUUGUUGGCAAUACUUGGUAAAAACAGUACUUUGAAAUAAACAUUUCUGAUAACGACCCUGGCCUGGUCAUACCACGUGUAAAACAUACCUUAUAUUCUACUCAAAAGAAGUUAAGGAACUCCCCCUAGCAUGGCAGAUUAAUGGAUAUAUCAUGUGUUCUUUAACUACCUUUGAAUAGUAUAACUACAAUCCUUAUGUCAGAAUUUAAUGUUCAUGUUUCUGAAGUUUCUUCGGAGAUGCCAAGAUUGAAAUUUAUUUAAAUUACACUGGUAUUUCAAUACGAUUUUAAAGAAAUAAUUAUGGUUAUAUAAUUACAUAAUGGUCACCGUAAGACAAAUAAAACAUCGA